AUGGGAAGCGGUCUACCCACACCCCCCUUGGAGGAUCAGAAAUCCAGGAAGAGCUCCUCCAGCUCAAAGUCCAUUAAGCCCAACCGCCACACUGCCAAGCGCGCCAGCCCUCACAACGCGACACAACAUCACGAUCAUAGCUCUCAAGCCAUGUCUGCAGAUGGACGUCACAAGAGAGUAUGGAAGGCUUGCGAAAGGUGUCGUAUGAAGAAGACCAAGGACGAUGGUCUCGUCUGCACCGCCGGCGUUCGCAAGAAGACGGAAUACAAGCAGCUGCCUAGAGGCUACGCCGAGGUUCUCGAGCACACACAAUUCGCCCUCAUCGCCACCGUCCACAAGCUGUACUCCAUGGUUAGGAACCAACAACAAUGGGACCUUGGUGAGCCCGAGCUCAACGACAGAGGACAACCCGUCAUCCACAACAUUGCCCAGAAGCUUGGAUGUAUCCGCCCCAACAGCGAUAUCGACUUGCCAGUUCACUCGGUGUUUCCCGAGGACGAGGCGGGUUUGGCCGAGUUGGCGCGUCAACUGGAGGAACAGCAAAAGGAACGCGACGUUGAGAAGGCCAUGAAGGUCGAGAUCGAUUCUAACUCAAGUUGCGAGCGUUCAGACCGCGCAAGCUCUUCUGACAUCGAUCACUCCGAAUUCGAAACCGAUUACCGCAAAGCUGUCUUUGGCGGCCACAACAACCCCAUGACCAUGUCUCCGCAAAGCUUCUCUACCGGAUAUACUGAGUUCGACGUAGACUCAGUUGCCUCGCCCAUCGAUCCCACCGCCGCCAUGUUCCAACAAAACCAGUCUCCGCCCAUGAACGCUUACCAACAAUGGAAUAUGCCCAGGCAAUCAGCACCCUCUUCAAUGGAUCUCGCUCAGCAAUUCUUCCAACAUCCCGGCGCUCUCACCAACAUGGACAUGCUUAACCAAGGCCUGAUCGAGUCAGAAUUCGGCACUAUUAAGCCCCACGUUCUCAAUUGUCCGAAUCCGGAAGUCAUGAUGGGAAUGGGCGACCCGAUGAUCUACGGAGGCUAUGACGGCGAGCCAAUGCGACUGUAA